AUGGAUAUCCACAGAUGUCGCUUUGUCGACUAUACGCCGCAUAUAAUUACGGCGCUUGCAUUCUCUCAUACUUCUGAUUCCACCAAGAAUGCUCCAGCGGGUUUGAGACUUGCCGUUGGCCGCUCAAAUGGAGAUAUCGAGAUAUGGAACCCCAGGUUUAAUUGGACCCACGAAUUAACUCUACCGGGAGCUAGGGGACGUGCCGUUGAGGGACUUGUAUGGUCCCAUACUGAUGGUGAGAAUCCCAGACUUUUUUCGAUUGGUGGCUCGACAUACAUUACUGAAUGGGACUUGAAAACAGGCCGUCCAAAAGCCAAUCUCAAUUGUAAUGCUGGAGUUAUCUGGUGUAUCGACGGUAACAGCUCCGGGAGUCGAUUGGCCGUAGGCUGUGAUGAUGGAAGUAUAGUCAUCAUAAAUUUAGCAGGCGGCCCUGGUGUCAUGGAGUUUGAGUUCAUCUGUCAGAAGCAAGACCUGAGGGUCUUGGGUGUGCGCUGGUAUGAUGACAAAACAAUAAUUGGAGGUUGCGCUGAUGGUAAAGUUCGCUGUUGGUCCCUCGAGGAAGAGAACAGAGGACGCAUCACUGGCUCAAUGAAAGUUGAUAGACUGAAAACUGAAUCCACAUUAGUGUGGUCCAUAGUGUGCUUGCCCUCUAAAAACCAGUUUGUUACCGGUGACUCUACAGGUGCUGUGAAAUUCUGGGAUGCUAAGACCCACACUUUGGUGCAAAGUUUCACCACCCACGAGGCUGAUGUGUUAUGUCUUUCCAAAGACAGCACUGGGAACAAGAUUUUCUCCGCUGGAAUUGAUAGAAGAAUCCAUAAUUACUCUUACUUGGAAAGCAAAAACAAGAAAGGAUCUAGAUGGAUCCACAAUGACAGCAGACUCUUGCACCUGAACGAUGUUCGUGCUUUGGAAAUUUUCGAAUGUAAAGCAUACAAUUUCUUGGUGUCGGGAGGAGUUGAAAGAUCCCUCAUAGUACAAUCUGUGGAUAAGUUCCAACAUGGCCCAUACAAGAAGAUCUUAAUGGAUCAACAAAUAUCUAACAUCGCCACUUGCCCUGAUUCAGAGCUAGUUGCAUUAUUCCAGGAUCAAACAGUCAAGGUUUGGCGCAUUGGGGACGAGAAGCAUAAAUUGGUGGCAAAAAUUACUCUAUCCGAGGAUGACAAUGUGACUUCCAUCAGCAUUGCAGAGUACUCCGAGGAUGUGACCGUCUUGGUUGUCUCCACUAUCAACACUGUCAAAACCUUUUCUUUGACCAGAACAGAGAAUAAAUUGCAAGUCAGAAAAUACAGGGACGAGUCAUUCGAUUCUGUCGUUAGUGGCGCUAAGAAGGUCCACAUUUUCGACGACUGCAAGCUUUUAAUCCAAACACCUGAGGAUGAGCUCUUCAUCUUCCAAAUAGGUGACACCUCCAUAGAAUUGAUCGACGAGAUCGAGACUCUAGAUUCCGAGGGAAGUGAGCUCAAAGGUGGCUUUGACCACUUCAAUGCAAUCCGCACUUUCGCUUUUACAAAUGAUUGCUCAAGAGUCGCGAUCGCUAGAUUCAACAAUACGGUCGAAUUAUUGUCUACAAAUGGCAGCGAGGAACCAAGAAAGUUGACGACUCUUUCUAACCUCGUGCAUUUAAUGCAGUUCACAGAUACCGAGUCUUUGGUCAUCCUCAGCGAUGAUAAUAAAAUUCUUGAGUUGAACACUUCCUUGAAACAAAAGACCAAUCUUUUAACACAGUGGUCGCAAAACAACAGCGAAUAUCUUCCAAAUGCGUUCUUGAAAAUGGACCAGAAGGCACAGGGAAUGUUUGUUCAGGGAAAGAAGGUUUGGAUCUAUGGAAGCCAGUGGUUGAGCUUCUUCGAUCUUUCUCUUAACUUACAGGUUUCGAAGCAGAAGAGCAAAAAGAGAGCAAGGGAUGGGUUGAGCAUCAAAGAAAACGAUGUUGAGAAUCUGGAAGAAGCAUAUUUCGAAAAGGAUCUCGCUACAGCUCUGAUCAGAAGAGAAGAUGUUGAAUAUCCUGGAAAGGGUGAGAUGGCGUUUUGGAUGACUCAAAAAUACAGACCUAUUCUCAAGGUUGAUCCUUGGGGAGAACAGGGUAUUGUUGUAAUUGAAAGGGAAGUAUUUGCAUUACCAGCCACGGCUGCAUUCGAGCUCCCACUGAUGAAAAUAUAA